GAAGUAGUAAAAGGAGGGAACAUCUGCGGUGGAGACGAAGGAAAAAGUUUUAGUGAGAGCCUUUGACAGACUGGUUGCUUUGGUUGGGUUCCCUGCUUUUACUUACUGAAUUCCAGAGGUGACCAACACAGAAGACGCAGGAGAUGAAGUUCAUCAUUGGCAUUGGAGGAGUGACCAACGGUGGGAAGACCACUUUGACAAAUAAACUUCUAAAGACAUUAUCUAACUGUUGCGUGGUGCAUCAGGAUGACUUUUUCAAGAAACCCGAUCAAAUAGAAGUCGGGGAGGACGGCUUUAGACAGUGGGAUGUGAUCAACGCUCUAGAUAUGGAGGCCAUGGUGAACACUGUGAAAGGCUGGCAGGAGAACCCAGUCAAGUUCGCGCUCUCGCACGGAGUCAGCCUGUCACCUGAAUCCGAAGGAUCCGACUCCGAGGAGGGGAUCCAUAUCCUUAUCGUAGAAGGGUUCCUCAUCUACAACUACAAGCCCCUCAUCGACACCUACGACAAGUGUUUCUACAUUUCCAUUCCCUACGAGGAAUGUAAGCGGAGGAGAAGUACAAGAACGUACACAGUCCCUGACCCCCCAGGCCUGUUCGAUGGCCACGUCUGGCCCAUGUACCUAAAACACCGCAGAGAGAUGGAGAACAACUGCAGCAGAAUAGAAUACCUCGACGGAACCACAACAACAGAAGAUAUCUACAACUACGUGUUCGAAAGUAUUCAAAACUCACUGCUGAACAACUUAUAGCAGGCCGGGCCAACACCAGGAUGUGUAUAGACUUGUAAAUAUCAUUUUGAGUAAAUGUGUAACAGCCGUUCUGUUCGUCUAGCCUGAUGUGUAAAUAGACAUUUAUGUAACUUAUUAGGAAUGAACAGCAGAAGUGUUGCGUUUUGUAUAAUCCUGUGUAACUUUUUAUUUUCUAAAAACAAAAAAGCCACCUCUGGUCUACCCAGUGUUGAACACCAGGAACUGAUCUACAAUCUGAUCAUGUUUUAUGUGAAAGUAAUAAAAUGCCCACUGAGAUAAAAAAAAAAAAAA